AUGCACACAUACAGUGCGCUUCAAGAAGUUAUCGUUAACCGAUUUGGGGCCACGGCCAACGCCGUAGCGAACGGCGUUUGCAAAUGGCUACAGAUUACCCGGAGCAAUCUGCACCGGCGUACAUCUGCCGCAUCAAGCAGUCAGGAAUCGCAGCCUUUUGAUUUGAUAGAUUUAGACAAUCAGAGCAAUCAGGAAACACGGACAAACUUGUAA